GUCUGGUUCCAGAACCGGCGGGCCAAGUGGCGCAAGGCCGAGCGGCUGAAGGAGGAACAGCGCAAACGGGGCGGCAGCGGUGGUGGUGGUGCGGACGGAGCCGACUCGCAGCUGAUGGGCGAUAAGCUCGACACGGACAGUCGGGACUCGAGCCCGGACAUUACGGGUGAUGCGGAUGACGACGAUAUGCGCAGCUCGAGCGUGCCGCCCAUGAGUCCGCGCGUGGACUCGGAACCCGAGCGGCCCUCCUCUUCGACGCAGCUCAACUCGACGCACUCUCACUCAGCAUCCAACAGUGCCGGAACUCCGUCACCGGGCCUCAAAUUUGCACCCUACUCGGUGCCGAGUCCAGCACCGUCCGCCUCGGCCGACUCACCGAUCGAGGUCGGUGGACCAAUCUCGCUGACGACCACAUCCAGGACUCCACCGAGCGAGUCGCCACACCAUGUGACCAGCAGCUCGAUCGCCAGCCUGUCGACGGCCACCACGACGCCCAGCUUCAGUAGCCACAUCUUCGGGAACUUCACCGAAAGGUAG